AUGGUUCAGUUAGAUGUCGAAAAGACCAUUGAGGAGCUCACGCUCGGUGAGAAGGUAGCUCUCACAGCUGGAAUUGAUUUCUGGCACUCGGCUGCCGUUCCCCGUCUCAACAUCCCGAGUCUUCGCAUGUCCGAUGGCCCCAAUGGUGUGCGCGGCACACGCUUCUUCAAUGGCGUCCCUGCCGCCUGCUUUCCCUGCGCAACCGCGCUGGGCGCGACUUGGGAUACUGAGCUCCUGCACAAGGUGGGCCGACUGAUGGCGGAGGAGUCUAUUGCCAAAGGCUCGCAUAUCGUGCUAGGACCCACAAUCAACAUCCAGCGAUCUCCGCUUGGAGGCCGAGGCUUCGAGUCGUUUGCCGAGGAUGGUGUGCUCUCGGGCAUUCUGGCGGGACACUAUUGCAAGGGUCUGCAGGAGAAGGGCGUUGCGGCCACUCUGAAGCAUUUUGUCUGUAAUGACCAGGAACAUGAGCGCUUGGCCGUUGAUAGCAUUGUGACGAUGCGCGCUAUGCGCGAGAUUUAUCUCUUGCCGUUUCAGCUGGCGAUGAGGAUCUGCAAGACAGCCUGCGUUAUGACAGCCUACAACAAGAUCAACGGAACGCAUGUCAGUGAGAACAAGCAGAUCAUCACCGAUAUUCUCCGCAAGGAGUGGGGGUGGGACGGUCUGGUUAUGAGUGACUGGUUUGGAACAUACAGUACUUCCGAUGCCAUCAAUGCUGGCUUGGAUCUUGAAAUGCCAGGCCCGACCCGCUGGCGCGGAACCGCUCUGGCGCAUGCCGUUUCAUCCAACAAGGCAUUUGAAUACGUGAUGGACGAGCGGGUUCGCAACAUUUUGAACCUGCACAACUUUGUCGAGCCAUUGGGUAUCCCAGAGAAUGCGCCUGAAAGGGCCUUGAAUCGGCCAGAGGACCAGGCUCUGCUCAGACGAGCGGCGGCAGAAUCUGUGGUUCUCAUGAAGAACCAGGACAACAUUCUGCCUUUAAAGAAAGAGAAGCCCAUUCUGGUCAUCGGGCCAAACGCCAAGACUGCCGCGUACUGCGGCGGCGGAUCAGCGUCCUUAGAUGCAUACUACACGGUGACACCGUUUGAAGGCGUCUCGGCCCAGAGCCAGGGCGAGGUCAAGUUCUCACAGGGUGUCUACUCGUACAAGGAUCUCCCCUUGCUCGGUCCUCUGCUGAAGACGGACGAUGGCAAGAAGGGCUUCAAGUUCCGCGUGUACAACGAGGCCCCUUCGGAACCCAACCGCCAGCUCAUCGAUGAACUGCACCUUGAAUCGUCCAGCGGCUUUCUGAUGGACUACAAGCACCCCAAGAUCAAGACCUUCACCUUUUACGUUGACAUGGAGGGCUACUUCACGCCGGAAGAAGACGGCAUCUACGACUUCGGUGUGACAGUCGUGGGCACCGGCAAGCUAUUCAUAGACGACGAGCUCGUCGUCGACAACUCCAAGAACCAGCGCCAGGGCACCGCCUUCUUCGGCAACGCCACCGUGGAAGAGCAAGGCUCCAAGGAACUCAAGGCCGGCCAGACCUACAAGGUUCUCCUGCAAUUCGGCAGCACCCCAACAUCCGACCUCGACAUGCGCGGCGUAGUCAUCUUCGGCCCAGGCGGGUUCCGCUUCGGCGCCGCUCGCCGCGUCAGCCACAAGGAACCCAUCGCCAAGGCGGCCGAGCUAGCCUCCCAGGCCGAGCAAGUCGUCAUCUUCGCCGGCCUCACCAGCGAAUGGGAGACAGAGGGCCACGACCGCGAUCACAUGGAUCUGCCCCCAGGCAGCGACGAGCUGAUCAGCCGCGUGCUGGACGCGAACCCCAACGCAGUGGUGGUCAUCCAGAGCGGCACCCCCGUUACCAUGCCGUGGGCUCACAAGGCCAAGGCCCUCGUCCAGGCCUGGUUCGGCGGCAACGAAUGCGGCAACGGCAUCGCAGACGUGCUCUACGGCAACGUCAACCCCUCCGCCAAGCUCCCGCUGUCCUUCCCCGUCCGCCUCCAGGAUAACCCGGCCUACCUGAACUUCCGCUCCGAGCGCGGCCGCGUCCUCUACGGCGAGGACGUCUACGUCGGAUACCGCUACUACGAGAAGGUCGAUCUGGCCCCUCUCUUCCCCUUCGGCCACGGCCUCUCCUACACAACCUUCUCCCGCUCGGACCUGUCGCUCGCCACCAGCCCAGAGAAACCCCAGCUGGAAGACGGCGAGCCUAUCACCGCUACUGUCUCCGUGACGAAUAGAGGCAGCGUGGCCGGCGCCGAGAUUGUUCAGCUGUGGGUCGCCCCGCCGCCGACGGGGGUGAACCGCCCCGUGCGGGAACUCAAGGGUUUCGCCAAGGUGUUCUUACAACCCGGCGAGACGAAGAAGGUCGAGAUCGUGGUCGAGAAGAAGCUGGCGACAAGCUGGUGGGAUGAGCAGCGUGAGAAGUGGGCUUCCGAGAAGGGAGCGUACGAGGUGCUGGUGACGGGGACAGGCGACGAGGUGCUCAAGUCCUCUUUUGAGGUUGGGAAGACGCGGUACUGGCUGGGUUUGUAG